UGCCAUUGCGAGAAAAGAAAUGAAAGAAUCGAAAAAAAGGCAACGGCAACGGCAACGGCGAACGAAACCCAAGUACACCGCACUUACACCCCGCAGAAGUAGAAGUUCCCAUGCGCCCGCGCGCUGAUAACGCCAGUCUGAGAAUCUGAGGAAAACGAAAAAGAAACCGAAUCGGAAUCCGAAUCCGAAAACUGAGUAGCUCGGGGAAUAAAUAUAUAGCGGGCGUCGUCGUAGCUCAGAACAAAUUACACCCAGCUCUCGCAGCGUGAACGUCGUCGAGUUUCAGUUUCCGCCUUGAAAAAAAAAAACAACAUAACAUAAAUUUCUCACUCUCGCCUCUUUAAAUGUGCGUCUGCUGAGUGUCGAGAACACCCGGUUUAAAAUUAAAGAUUGGAAAAUUCAAUAGUCAAUAGUCAAUAAGUCGGCGAAAUGGAGGACAAGCGGGCAAAUGGCGAUUCCAGCGCCUGCAACGGCCAUUCCAAGCAGAAGGAUGUUCGCGUUUGGUGCGACGGCUGCUAUGAUAUGGUGCACUUUGGGCAUGCCAACUCCCUGCGACAAGCCAAAGCUCUUGGCGACAAGGUAAUUGUGGGCAUACACACCGACGAGGAGAUCACCAAGCACAAGGGACCACCUGUCUUCACCGAGGAGGAGCGCGUCAAGAUGGUCAAGGGCAUCAAAUGGGUGGACGAGGUGGUGCUCGGUGCUCCGUAUGUCACCACACUGGAGGUGCUUGACCAGAACAACUGUGAUUUCUGUGUGCAUGGAGAUGAUAUUACAAUGACAGCGGAAGGAGUAGACACAUAUCAUUUGGUCAAGUCGGCCAAUCGCUAUAAGGAAGUCAGACGCACUGCUGGCGUUUCGACCACCGACCUUGUGGGUCGCAUGUUGCUCCUGACACGCAACCACUUCCGCCAAGGAUCCGCCGAAUACGACAUCGAGAAAGAAGUGAACAUUUUAAAACGACAAAUAAAAUCCCAUCCAGGUUCUUCGAACAUGGGUCAAGAUUCAGCGGCCAAAAGUCCAUGGACCGGCUGCAGUCAGUUCUUGCCCACCACCCAAAAGAUCAUACAAUUCAGCGAUGGAAAGUCACCAAAUCCUGGCGAUAAAAUUGUUUAUGUGGCUGGUGCCUUCGAUCUGUUCCAUGUGGGCCACCUGGACUUCCUGGAGAAGGCGAGCAAACUGGGCGACUACCUGAUUGUUGGCCUGCACACAGAUCCCGUGGUGAACUCCUACAAGGGCAGCAACUAUCCAAUUAUGAAUCUGCACGAGCGUGUGCUCAGCGUUUUGGCCUGCAAGUUUGUCAAUGAGGUUGUGAUUGGGGCUCCCUACUGCGUCACCGAGGAGCUGCUGGAACACUUCAAAAUCGAUGUCGUCUGCCACGGCAGCACACCCAUUGCGCUGGAGAACGGCAAGAGCGAUCCGUAUGCCGUGCCCAAGACGCGAGCCAUCUUCGAGAUGAUCGACUCCGGCAACGAGAUGACUACCGAGCGCAUUGUGGAGCGCAUUAUCUCGCAUCGACUGGAGUACGAGCGUCGCAACCAGGCCAAAGAAAAGAAGGAAAUCGAGGCCUUCGAGGCUCUCCAACGCCAAAAACAGACCCAGAAGGCGGGCUAGCCGGAACCCGAUUCCGUCUGCUGCUCACACUGAGACGGAUGUUUUUAUAUGUUUUAGUUGCAUUCUUUUAGUUCGUUUUCGUUUAGUUACCGGCUUUUGUUUGUUAUGUUGCGUUCAAAGCGAUGCGACGCUGUCAGAUGACGUACAGCCGCUAAAUUUUAGAAUGGCUCGGACCCAGCGUGCCGCUCGCUCGUUUUCUAGUACAAUUUUUGAAUAGCUGCGGGUCGCACAGGCGGCUCUUGGCAAGCCUUAAUGAUAUAAAGUUAUAUACAUAUAUAUAUUUGUAAUACCUUAAUAUAGCGUAUUUAAAAUCUAAAUUCUAUGUAUCUAAGCUCAAAAUUUGUAAAUUCUACUUUGUAUAUGUUGUAAGUGUUGAGAAACAAACUCACCCCAAGUCAUGAUUGAAAUGAGAACUUUACAAAAUUGUACGACAUAUAUGUAAGGCGAGAAUAACAAAGAUAAACUGUGACAUGUUAUCCAAAACGGUUGGCAAAAAUUGAAAUGUAUAUAUACACGCACGGCAAUGUAACGCAAGAAGAAUGUCCGGAUCAGGAAUUUAACUGCUUUUAUCCAAUGUAAUCUCCGAUACUUUGUCCUUAUUUAUUAAUACAUAUAUUCUUAGUGCAAGUUCAAGUUUUAUGUUUCAAUGUUUAAUCUUAGACUUAAAUACAUGGCCAAAAAUACUGCAAGCUCCAAA